AUGUCAUAUUGGAUUUAUAUGCAUAUCAACUUCCUUAUUCUGGAUCCAGCUACUGCUCUUAUUCCUGUAUCCUUUCUUACGUUUUUUGUCCUCCCGUGGGCGAUUAUAAAUGUAGAAGCAACAAUUUAUCCAUUCGAGCUGAUUCUAGGCUUCUACCGCUGGGCUUACGCUCUCCCUGCUCACGAAUUCUACUCAUUGGUUAUUCGAGUCGAGAGUGGAUGUGGAGAUGUGUUGUAUAGAGUGCUUCCCAUUCUCUUUUCCCGGGAGGUAGUAGGAUUAAAGAAUCGACACGCAGAAGCAGAGCUGAUUGCACUAGGAAAGAUACAGAAAGAUGCAAGCAAGACUGACAACAACACAUUACAUGAUGAAGAGCAGGAGCUAACUACAACGAAACGACUAUCGCGGGUUCAAUAG